AUGGAGUGCAAAAAAGACUGGAAUGACUCUAUGGGUGCCUUGUUGAUUGGAGUGCCACCUUCGUCCAUAAAUCGAUACAACUGUGCGAUCCAACGAUCACGAGCCUCAAAAUUUGUCGAAGACGUAGUUGAGGAGGAGGAGGAAGAGGAGGACGAGGAUGUGGACGAGGAUGAGGAGGUGGAGGAGGUCGUUGAGGAAGAUGUGGUAGAUUCUGAAUCAGAAGAAGAACUACUUGAGCUGGUACUUGUAGACGAGACUGAUGAAGUAUCAGAACUUUCGGAACUGUCAUCGGAUGAGGAUGACGGUGAACUGUGUCGUGCUGGAGAUGCAGCUGCAGCAACAAGUGUUCGUGCAUUCGCAGCGGAAGUAUUGAGCGUUUGUGACGAGGCUGAUCCGGAACGGCGCUCGACACCAGACGCGUCCGAAUCCGCAUCCUUUGAGUUUAUCGAUUUUAACUGA